UACUAGUGCAAAGUUGCUGAACUGAAGUGAGAAGAAUAUGGAAAGAUAAUGGUGGUGCCAAAGAGUCUACAGAAUAUUUUGUGCUUGUGAAGUGAACAUUGUGUCUCAAAUGGUUUCGUAGUACAAAGUACUGUGAUCCUACAAAAUCAUGAUACUGAUCUCAAACCAUAGAUAACAUAAUCUGUGCUACUGUGGAUUUCUCAUCAUUUCUGUAUCCAUAUAAAUUCCAAAAUGGCCUCCUGGUUGCUCACUGCUAACCUGGAAACUGCUAAACCGCAGAUGAUGCCCCCUCCAUCAGCUUUCGCUUUUCCAUAUGGCCAGUCUGAAGAGUGUGAGGGAGUGGAGAGUUCUGCAGCUAGUGGGACGAGUGGGUUAGGCCUCGGCUCAGAUGAAACAGGCGGAAACAUGGUUUACAACACCUCCAACCCAACACAGCCGAAAAGAAAAAGUAAGUAUAUCGAGAAGAAGAAAGGAACUCUGCACAAACGAAGGAAACAGAUUAAUAAAAUCUUGAAGACUAUACAAGAUCAGCAGAAAAGGAAGAUGUUGCUGCAGGAGAGACAAACCAUUGUAAAGGAACUAAAAAGACUGACAGAAUUAGAAUUUACAGGUCCUCAGGUACCACCACAUAGCCCACCUGUUGACAGUGCUUCUGCCUGUAGUGACCAUUCCCACAAAGAAAACAAGGUGAAAGGCAGUGAUACUUCUAACACACAACCAGUGACUGAUCCCUCAUCCAAUGCACAAUCAACCACAGGAAAUGCAAGUCCAUGUAAAGUGAAGAGUAAAAGAUCUCUCAGACGGCGUAGGAGAGAAGUGUAUGAACUGCUGAAUAACAGCCUUCUGACAAGGAAGAGAAAAACUGAGCUAGAACAGGAACUCGUUGAUAUAAAUAGUGUAUUAAAGAAACCUAGAAAGACAGUCUUUGAUGAAUUUGAUUUUCAGUAUGCUGAGCAAUUAUUUGGCAAUACUGAAGAAGAGCAGAAUCAUGAUGUGGACCAAUAUAUACCAAAUCCAGAAGAAACUGUGAAGUCACUGCACAAUAACAAUAUUUUUGAAUUUAAAAGGACUAGUAAGCAGACAGCCAAAUGGAAUAAUAACCCAGAUGCCUUUCCACAACUACGAGACCAAGAAGCUAGUGGAUCACACUUGGGAGAGGCUUAUAAGGAGUCAUUUAGAGAUUAUUUUAAUGGCAAUCCUGCAUAUGCAGAUCACUAUGAUAAUUCCUUUGGUGAAGGGCAGCCACAUGAAACCCAUGAAGAGCAUUUUGAGCCUAGACUUAAUCCAGGUUCUCAACUCAUUAAUGAGAUUUUGGCAGAUGAUUGUAAAAGGCAUAUAGAAAGAAUAGGAAUCCUGAUAAGUGAUACAGAUGGUCAGAUGUCAGUGAUACCAAGACAACAUCAGAGGGAAAGGUCACCAGAUCUUCCUUUAAGAGAGAGAUCACCAGGUCCUCCCAACAGAGAAAGGCCUCCAGACUUCUACAGGGAAGAGUCACCAGCCCCUUCCUAUAGAGAAGGAUCAUCAGACUACCCUUACAGAGAAAGGUCUCCUGUUCAUUCUUAUAGAGGGAGGUCACCUUGUUCUUCUUAUAGAGAAGGAUCACCAUGUCCUUCCUACAGAGAAAGGUCUCCAGACCCCCCUUACCAAGAAGGGUUACCACCCCCCUCCUAUAGAGAAAGGUCACCCUACCAUGCAGAUAGGGAAGUGUCACCAGGCCCUUCAUAUGAAGAAAGAGAAAUGUCUCCCUACCCAGCAUACAGAGAAAGGUUCCCAGACCUUUCAUACAGGAGUAUGUCAGACAGAGGUUCACAUUCACGAGAUGCUUCCCAGGAGCCAGCACCCACGUCAAGGUUCCGUAGGUUUUCUGGGCAUAUGGCAGAUGCUCAUGAAAAUUUCCAGGGUGCUUACUCUCCAAGAAUGGAGGAUCAUUCUCCCUUUCGCAGUCAUGGAGAACCCGACCGGUAUAUGUCAGAGGCUCGAAGGAAGGAAGAAGAGCAACGUGAGGAAGAUUUACGCAUACACUUGUUGCGUCUCCGAGAACAGAAAGUGGAGAGGAGGUUGAAGGUUCUUGAGCAAGAAACCAAAGAGACAGAAAACAGGCUUCGGAGGUUGCAAGAAAGGAGACUGUCAGAAGAGUUGGAUGACUUCUUGAGGGAGCAGAGCAAGUAUUGGAAGAAAGAAGACAUGGAUAUAGAAAGAGACAAUUUUUCACCACAACAUGGUAAUGAACGCAUCAGACAUGGUCGUAGAAAUCAUCAGAUUUACUUUUAGGCCAUAGAGAAGCAUUGUCUGUGUCAGAGGUAACUCAAUGCAUCAGAAUUAUUACACAGCUAAAGCAAAGAGUUGAUGCACUCUAAAAUAUUAAUUCUAUAUUUUUUUUGUGCUGAAAGUUUGUAUAUUCUUCUUUUACUUUUUAUAUUCCAAGAAAAGUGAUCAAUUUAAAGUACAAUUUAGUUGUUCCAAAAAAGACAUGAUAUUAAGGGUUGUUAAGGGGACCAUCCCAUGUUGAGAGAGACAUUCAGGUUGGGUGAAUAAUCAUUAAGUUUCAGACAGGCUUUGAAAACUGUCUAAGAAAUUAUCCGCAAUAAUAUAAGAAGCUUCAAAUUAAGAUCAAGUUCAACAACAAAUAUAUAAACACUGAGAAAUGAGCUUGUUAGCUUUCAGAAAUUAAGUAAACUUAUCAUGGAAAAAGAUAGGCAGGAAAUCUUUAUAAAUGCUGUAAGCUCUCUACCACUUUAGAUUUUAGUUGUAAUAAUGGAGAAGCCAUCAAAACCUGAGCUUGGUUUGUUAUUGGUUCUGAAAUAUGUCUUCCAUCUAAUUUGAUCAAUUUU